AAAUAAAAAUAAAUGCUGGCGUGAUACAGUCAAUGACCUUAUCUAAGCAGAUGCCUAUCACUUUAAAAUGAGUGUAAUUUAGGCACAACGAGUGGGUGCAGCCUCAUGGAAUAAAGUGUUUUUGAUUAGCCAUUUCCUUCAAUGUAUGUCCUUUACAUGGCAGUUCCUAAUCUGGUUGAGGUCAAGUCUAGAAAACUAAGAAGAACUGCUUUUUAACCCUUUAAAAAAAUUUAAUAGACUCGGGAGAGAUGGUUCACUGUUAUAACCCUCUAUCCAUCAUGUGAUUUUUAUAUGUUAUAUCAAGUAAUCAGUAAUGUAAUUAUUCAGCAAUUGUUAUUGACAGCCCAAAUCGUUUUUUUUACAUAUAUAGAUUGUAUCCUGCUUUUCAUUUAUUUAUUUAUUUAUUUAUUUAUUUUUUGCAUAGUCUGAACAGCCAAAACGCACAUGAAAUCAGAUUUGUGCAAAUGUGAUCUGAACCACAUUUGGACCUGGUUCGAAAUAUGAUUACAAUGUACAACUUUGUUUUAGCCUGGAUGCUUUGGCUGCUAAAAUCUGAUUUCAGGACCUCCUUUGCUUUAUUCACAGUACAAAGCUGUGUGUGUCUUAAAGGAUCAGACGGGUUCCUAGAUUGCUACAGAGUCUACCUAAUGUUCCCUGGCCAAUAAUGCAUCUUUAUCAUACCUGCUUUUGGGUUACCACAACAAUCCGUGCAGAUAGGAAAUGCUGGAACUCGUGGGAUGGCAUCUUUGGAAGGCCUGGGCUCCUCUCAGACCAAUAAGAAAACCAUUGGUCAUCGUGGGAUUGACCCUACUGGGGAAACUACAUACAAAAAGACCACAUCAUCUGCCCUGAAAGGUGCCAUCCAGCUGGGCAUCACACACACAGUGGGAAGCUUAAGCCAGAAGCCAGAGAGAGAUGUGCUCAUGCAGGACUUUGAAGUAGUUGAGAGCAUAUUUUUUCCCAGUGAGGGCAGUAAUUUAACUCCAGGCCACCACCAUGGCGACUUUAGAUUUAAAACCUAUGCUCCAAUUGCCUUCCGCUACUUCAGAGAGAUGUUCGGGAUUCGGCCUGAUGACUACCUGUAUUCUCUCUGUAAUGAGCCUCUUAUUGAGCUGUCGAACUCUGGGGCAAGUGGAUCUCUGUUCUAUGUCUCCAGUGAUGACGAGUUCAUCAUUAAAACGGUGCAGCACAAAGAGGCAGAGUUCCUACAAAAACUGUUACCUGGAUACUUUAUGAACCUUAACCAGAACAAGCGGACACUACUGCCCAAGUUCUAUGGGCUCUACUGUGUUCAGGCUGGAGGAAAGAAUAUACGCAUUGUUGUUAUGAACAACUUGCUUCCUCGGGCUGUUCCCAUGCACCUGAAAUAUGACCUGAAGGGCUCCACGUACAAACGCAGAGCCUCCCCCAAAGAGCGCACCAAAAAAAUCCCCACCUACAAAGACCUGGACUUUAUACAGGACCUGCCUGAGGGUCUGAUGCUGGAGAACGAUCACUACAAUGCGCUCUGCAAGACCAUCCAACGAGACUGUCUGUUGCUGCAGAGUUUCAAAAUCAUGGACUACAGUCUGCUAGUGGGGAUUCACAAUGUGGACCGGGCUGGAGAAGAGGCAUGUACAUCAGUGCCUGACCAAAAGAGGGCUCAGGGCCAGAAGGCCCUAUACUGCACAGCCAUGGAGUCAAUUCAGGGGGAAGCCAGGGGAAAGGCUCCACCAGAGUCCAGUGAGUGCAUGGGAGGAAUUCCAGCACACAACUCCAAGGGGGAAAGAUUACUGGUCUUCAUUGGUGUCAUCGACAUCCUUCAGUCCUACAGGCUUGUGAAGAAAUUGGAGCACACGUUUAAAUCCAUGGUACAUGAUGGGGACACAGUGUCAGUACACAGACCUGGCUUCUACGCAGACCGCUUCCAGAAAUUCAUGUGCAUCACAGUUUUCAGGAAAAUGCCAAUUAAACCCUCCCCUGUAAAGAAAACUCGAGGAGCUGCUGUGCCUGGCGUGCAGAAAUCCAACACUGCAGUAUCUUCACCUACUUCUCAGACUCUACCAUCAGCAGUACCACAGACAGCUAAAGUGACCCCCACACAUGCAGAACAGACCCAGCCAGACCAGAAGAUAGCCCAGUUAUCAGGCAGCAGUGCUGUCUCUCAGAGUCUGGAGACAGAGAAAUCAGGAGAUGGAGAUCCCCAGUCUCGUCCUGACCUGCUGCCCAGACCCACAACUCAGGAUGAGAUCACAACCUCUGCUGAAGCACCACACUCAACAUUUACUCUAGCAAGCCCUGAACCUGGACUCAGCACUCUAUCCCCCAGAGAGGAGGAGCAGAAACUCUGCAGUGCAGAUCUGACACCGAGUGGUCCAGAAAGUGCUGUUUCUGCCCGGUCCUUACAUGAGAGUCUGAAUAUUGAGGUCAUUUCUCUUAGUGAUAUGCUCCCGCAGACAGACAGCUGUUAUUGAACUCAGUUAAGGAAGAGAGGCAGGAAAAGCUGGUCUGGAAAGAAGAGAGAAGAGUAAAAGUAAAGAGUCAGAGAGCAUGUCACUGCAUCAAUGUGAGAAAUGGACACAAAGGCAAGACUGCAAUAAGGUGAACUAUGGAAAAGGCUGGAAGGAUAAAGAUGUAUUUUAUGGAUGACUACUACAUCCAGGGUCGCUGCUAAAGAGGCAUUGUUGGUAGGAAAUAGGAAAAUGCCAACCCCUGUUCUUACAGCAUUCAACCAGAACAACAGUGCCUUAAUUAAUUUACAUAAUUAAAUACUGUUUCUGAAAGUAAUUUAUAGUAAUCCAUAGUAAACCAAACUACACUCUCAGAUUGCAGGUGAACGUUUUUUUCUUCUUCUACAAUAUGUAUCUGUAUUCACCACUGAGCCAGACAAAUCAAUGCUGAGAAACUCAAGACACUCCAGUGAACAAGGAGCACACAUGUAAUGCACAGGUUAAGUCAAAUCUUGUGUGUCCUUGGGGAAAGUGGAAGGAAAUUGGUUAUUGCUUGUUAAUCUAACCCUAUUUAUAGCUUUUAAGAGUUUCUGCCGAGACAUUCCGUGCAUGCCUGCUUAUUUUGAUUGUUUGCCAGGAACUGGCUGGAAAACAUAAGAUGAUUUAAAUGUUAUUUUUUAAAUUAAUGAGUUGAAAUAAGGAGUUUUAGAUGGUAAAUAAACUUUUCAACGUUGUUUUAAUCAUUUAGCUUUUUUCCAGUCAUUGAUUAAACCUAGUCAUAGUCUAUCUUUUCCUUUAAAUGAAAAAUCUCUGUAAAAAUGCUGUACAGUCUAAGAUUAGGCUUAAUUCCUUUCUGGAAAAUUCAACCUAGCGUUAAAUUUUGUUUUAAAGUUUUAAAGCACAGUUGCAGCAAGUAUUAGUGUGGGCUAGCUUUUUUUUCUGCAACCAUAAGUGGCCUUUAAACAGUAAUGUACAAUAAGUAUUGCUUUAUUAUAAUUUUGUUUCUUUUAGAGACUUAUAGACAGUAUAUGCGGUUUAAUAAAGUGAUAAAGUAGGGUCAUUUCUGCUGUAUUGAUUUAAAAUGUAGUCGUACUCUUUUGCAUGCAGGCUUGCGAUUAGAUAAAGGCAUGUAUACCAUUUAGAAAAAAUAAAAGAAAAUACUUCAUGUAGUAACUCACAGUUGAACUAGUUUUUUUUUCAACUGGAUGAAUCAUUUAAAAUAAAAACAAAUUUUAUGUGAAUAAA